GACCAACCGUAGCCUCCGAUUCCAGCCUUAUUCAACGCCACGAAGCCUAUGGCUGGCUGAAGACCCCAUUUCGGUAUACUGCACAAGCCUCAGCAUUCCUUAUACAGCGGAAGCGCUGAGAAAACCUGCAUCCAAGAAGUCCACUCCUGCGUCUAGCCUGAGGUGAAGUCGUCAGGUCUUGCCGGCGAUGCCGAUUGCGUGUUGUUAGCCCCCCGUUAUAUACGGUAUGUCGCCAGCUACGAUCUUCGUACAACUUGCCCUUCACGUUUUGCGCGUGCCUUUCUUUUUGAUUGAUUGACCUCACUCGUUACCGGGAUACUCAAUAUGGAGAUCCUGUCCACUCUUUUUGCAUUCUUGCUUCUGCUGGGCUUUUCCGCAGCCCGGCCUUAUGUUUCUAGCAGUAGCUCGACUACGACUACCACAUGUACUACUAAGCUGAGAACGACUACCACUCGUUCGACAACGACGAAAUGCUCCACCACCGCAUCUGUGAAGAAGUACAAAUCCACAACUUCUUCUGUUCCCAAAGCCGGAGGGUAUCACACCAAGUCCGCGACCACUUCUUCCAAGGCUGGAGGCUAUCAUCCAAAGUCAACAAGCACUUCUAAAGCCGGCGGAUAUGCUCCAAAGUCAUCGACCACACCUUCGAAGGCUGGCGGAUAUCUACCAAAGACGACGACCACUUCUUCGAAUGCUCAGUACUAUGGCGAUAAGACUAGCAUCACUACCUUGACCACUUCUACUUCCAAGGCUGUUUACCCGGAUGAAACUUCGACCUCGACCACGAAAUCGGCGUCUUCGACUUCGACUUCGAGCGAGACGAGCACAUCUGCCACGAGCUCCGAUGUGACCACAUCCACAGCAUCGAGCACCACUUCCAGUGUCGGCAGCACUUCUAGUGCCAGCAGCACUUCUACUGUCAGCAGCACUUACAGUGUCAGUACCACUUCAUCAACGAGCACAGUCUCAACUACCUCCUCGGCCUCUUUCUCCACCUCCUCCUCCACCACGGCAUCGAUAACCACAACCACAUCCUCUUCAAUCACAACGAGCUCCUCUACCUCGAUAACCUCAUCGACCACAACUACCGCGGCUUGCAAGGCCAUUCCUACAGCAGGCGUCGGCAAGCGAGGUCUCGCAUACAACUAUGCCGCCGUGACAGAUCUCUUCGCUACCACAACCUGCCCAGCAACAUCUGGCACAUCCAAGGUCACCUGGACCUACAACUGGUACAGCGCCCCACAAGAUCCCAGACUCCAGGAAACCCCUCGCGACCUGAACCCCUUCGUGCAAUUCGUCCCCAUGCUCUGGUCCGCCCAUCCCGAUCUCACCAGCGUCUGGUUCGACAACGUCGCAGCCGCCAAAGAGCAAGGCUGGACCGAAAUCCUCGCCUUCAACGAACCCGACCUCUGCGUCGAAGGCGCAGGAGCAAGCUGCAUGACAGUCGAAGAAGCGGUCGAAGCCUACAGAACAUACAUCUCCCCCUUGAAAGCUCAAGGUUUCCGUCUCGGAGGCCCAGCCGUCACGAGCAGCGACACUGGAAAAGCCUGGAUUCGCUCUUUCUUGCAGCAAUGUACAGGCUGUAAUAUCGAUUUUAUCCCUAUCCAUUGGUAUGGCAGUCCUGCGCAGUACGGCGAGUUCUUUUCGUACCUCUACGAAUUCUACUAUGGAGUUGUCGCUGAGCAAUACCCGAUUUGGGUCACCGAGUAUGGUCUUACAAGCGGAACGGCUGACGUCGUGGAGAAGUUCAUGUUCGAUACUAUGUAUGAGAUGGAUACUCAGGCGACCUUUGUGGAGAAGUAUGCGUGGUACAUGGCUGGUGCUCCGGGCGUUUUCCCUGGAAAUUUGGUGUCGGGUAGUGCUUUGUCGGACUUUGGGAAGAUUUACGAUAAGGCACCUGGUCGCAGGCCACCACCACCGUAG